AUGGAAAAUCACAUACAACAUUGCGAAGAAGAAUGCAAGUGGAAAGCAAAAUAUUAUGAUGAAGAUAAUGACAUGUAUUACUGUGAAUUGCAUUACAGGCAAAAUAAUAAGCCAGAACAUGCAAUUAUACUGACAUCGCCAGGCGAAGUCAAAAAUUCCAUUAAUCUCCUUGUCAGAGGUCUCAGGUUCUUUAUGGUCUUUAAAUAUCAGAAACACAUGAGAAUAACUCGGCCAUCAAUAAAAAACUUUCAUAGGGAGAUAAUUGAAGAUGUGAAUAAUCUCAAGAGACGGAUGAACAAGGCUGAAUCAAACAAGGAGCUUUUCUUGUUUACUGCUUUUAAAUAAAGAGGCAGAACAAAUCAAGAAGAUUAUGAAUGAGGAUAAUGUGUUCAAUACAUUUACAAAUGACUAUUACUGGAGUCUUUUGGAGGAAGAAGAUAGAACCCCAUCUUCUUCGAAGCUAGUCUAUGACAUUUACAGGAGCUUAGAGGAAGUUGAUCUUCAUGAAGAAGAGUUUAUAAGGAGAAAUGAUGAAAUUUUAGAAUUAAAGAUGGAAGUCGAUGAGCUCAGAAAUAAAAAUAAAGAGAUGAAGAAGUUAAAGAAGAAAUUGAAGAAAUUCUCAAAGCAAAAAGAUGAAUUAGUCGAACUAAGGGAGAAAGUAGAAGAGUCUAAAGAGAAAAAUAGACAAAUAAAGAAGCUGAAGAAGAAAGUAGAAAACCACAAGAAGCAAAGUAUUGAGAUAAAAAGCUUAAAAAAGAAAAUAAAAGAUCUGGAGGAAGAAGUUUCCAGACUCCAAGAAUCUGAUGAACCAUCCUCUAGUGAAUCCAUUGAAGGAAGCGAGUCCUCAGCUUCUUCUUCCUCUUCUGAAGAAUCAAAACUUACUCUGCAAGAAGAGAUGGACAAAGAUAAUCGCUACAAGUCCUCUGACAUCAGCAGCCUCUACAAAAUUACCACUGGGCAAGACGAACAGUUCGGACCUGAAACUGAACUGACACUUACACUUGACAAUCCCAAACACAUGAAGUUUCUAACAUCUCUGAACAAGAGAAUGCCAGACAUUUAUGUACUUAAUCUUUGGAACAUCCCUCUGAACUGCCAAGAAGUCAACACUUUCCUGGCCACCCAUUUCCCCAACAAAGUGAGGUACCUCAAUUUUAACUUUGGCUCUGCUCUGAGUAGUUGUGUGCCCUUUUACUUGGAGGAACUGGUGGAAGUGAGUAAGAGAGUCACUGAAGUGUUGUAUAUUUAUAAUUUUGAAGUCUCUCAGGACCAACUCGUCGCACUCUUCUCCGCUAACAGGCAUAAACAGUGGUUUGGGCUUCUCGAAUGCAAACUCUCCCUGCCUUCAGUUCCUGAUUUCGGAGGAAACCUCGCUGGAAGUACGAUGCAAGGAUUAAAUUUGAGAGGCUGAGGAGGUUCUUCGUAUGGCGACUGGGACAACAAUGAGUCGCACUUUGAAAACCUGAUUGCUGGGCUUUCCAAAGAGGAGGAUUUUAGGAAGAAUCUGAAGUGGAUUGGAAUGGCUUUGUGUGGAAUGAAGGAGAAUGUUGUGGAGAAGAUUUUGGCUGAUCAUGGCUUUGGACAUGUCGAAAUUUUGUGGUACUCGAAGUAGAUGCUAAAACUGAAACUGUCAAAAAGAAGAAUUUUAUUUUUGUCAGUUUUAAUCUUGAUCGAUUAUAUUGUUGGCAAUAAAAUAAAAUU